AUGAAUCUAAAUGGCUUACCAAGUGAAGUUCUCACGCGUUGCUUUUCCCACUUGAGCACAGAUCUACUCACAGAUAUAAUACUAUUGGACAAUAUUCCCGAUUAUAUACUUGAAGCAGCAGCUAACAAUCUCAACCAUAUAUGGUAUGCAAACCGACUUCAAGGCAAGAACAGAAUUGCAAUUAUUAACGAACACUAUGAAACCGGUUUCGUGCGAAAUUACGAUGAAAUUUCUCGCUACUGGUUUCACUUUGAAACCGAGUUCGACCGCUUUCUGCGCAUACACAAGGUGCUCGAAAAGAAGUCCAUCACGCGUCCUCUUUGGUUCCAUUAUAAAUGGGAAAACAUUUUUGAGAUGCGUCGAAAUCUCGAUGAAAUAAACUCAGUUUACCGUGGCCAAAAGUUAGGCAUAAGUGCUGACCUCACAGACAUGUCGUCCAAAUGUGUUCGUUUUUUCUCAGACCAUGAUAUUAAUCGCAAGAUCACUUAA